ACCAGUUUGUGUGCUCUCAAGCGUCAAGAGCAUCGGUCACUAUUUGCUUCCUGUCCCUCUGAAUUCUCGGACCAUCUCCUCUCUCAUAUCUAUAUAUAUACUCUGCAGAGAAAGAGUGGCACGUAGGGAAUAGACGAAAAAUAGAGAGAGAUAGAGAGAUGGGAAGGGCUCCUUGUUGUUCGAAAGUUGGAUUGCAUAGAGGUCCAUGGACGCCUAGAGAAGACACAUUGCUUACCAAGUAUAUUCAAGCUCAUGGUGAAGGUCAUUGGAGAUCUAUGCCUAAAAAGGCUGGGCUGCUUAGGUGUGGAAAGAGCUGCAGGCUAAGAUGGAUGAACUACCUAAGACCAGAUAUAAAGAGAGGAAACAUAACUCCUGAUGAGGAUGACCUAAUUAUCCGAUUACAUGCACUACUUGGCAACCGGUGGUCUCUCAUCGCAGGUAGGCUUCCCGGUCGAACUGAUAACGAGAUAAAGAACUAUUGGAACACCCAUCUCAGUAAAAGACUCAUAAGCGAAGGAACCGACCCUAAUACUCACAAGAAGUUAUCAGAUCCACUCAAAGAAUUAAAGAGAAGGAAGAACAACAAAAGCAAGAACAAGAGCAACAACAGGAAUAAGCAGAAGAACAAGAGCAAGGGCGUGGCAAAUGUGGGGCCAGAGAAGACUAAGCUUCACCUUCCAAAGCCCGUUAGGGUUACUUCUUUUUCAUUACCGAGAAACGACAGUAUUGAUUGGAAUGUGUUUAGUGGGUCAUCAGGGCCAGAAAUUAAAGGAGGGUAUGUUGGUUUAGAGAUGGUAAAUAAUGUAAAUCCUUGGUGUAAUUUUAAAGACGGUGAAAAUGGUGUCGGGGUUGGCUUUCUUGUUGGUGAUGAAGAUGAUCAUGAUGAUCUUGUCAACGGCUCAGAUUUUGAGUGCCAGUCUGAUUUACCUUCGGGUGAUAACUCUCUAGCGAAGCUGUAUGAGGAGUAUUUAGACCUCUUGAAGAUGGAGGAAACGCAAGUUGACUUAGAUAACUUUGCUGAAUCACUAUUGAUCUGAAAAGUAAAACAAGAAAGUUGCCAUGUGUCAUCAUGAGUGUGUUUGUUUUGAGUUUUCACCUUUAGAAAGUUUGAAUCUUAGAAGAAGUUUCACGUGCUUACCUUCUAGCUAGCUAGCCAACUUAAUUAGGUUAUGUAAGAACUAAGAACCAAUGGCCAUUUAUGUAUAUAAUUGUCAUAAUAAAAUAGAAUAAAACUUGCGCAUCUUGAUAGUGA